CAUUAUCAGGCGGUCAACAAAUAGUGGAACUUGCCAAAGACUCUAUUGAAAUGAAUGAAGCUAAUAUAGAGAAAACAACAGCAACUGGAGCACAGAAGAGUAAAGGUUUUGUUUCACAAUCUGCAGUUGCUUUACAUUGUCAAGUAAUGCCACCUCCCUCAUUAAGAAUCCUUAUCUAAAGGAUGCUUCCAAAACAGAGAUACAUCCCUUUGGAAAUCAAAGAUCAAAAUGUGCAGGUUUCUUCCGCUUAAGUAUUGGUGGAGAUGGUCUUUCACGCUAUCAUACAGAUUUUCAUGAUGAUGGCGCGCAGCCUAAAGGGUCUAAUUGGUAUGGGGAACUUCAGUCAAGUUUUUAAAGUUUUAAAGAGAAUAGAUGGUUGCAUGUAUGCUGUGAAACAUACCACAAGGCAGUUGCACCAAGACAGAAAGGAGGAAAGCCUUAAUGGAAGUUCAAGCCUUGGCAGCUCUAGGGUCUCAGGAAAACAUUGGAGGAAAAUGAGCAACUGUACAUCCAGAUGGAACCAUGUGAUUGCAGCUUCUCCAGAAAUAAAGCUUCCCAAUUAUUCACAGAGGGCAAGUUACUGAAAGUCCUAUUUCAGAUUGCCAGAGCAUUGCAGUUUAUACAUGUAAGAGGAAUAGCUCACCUAGAGCCAAAACCUGAAAAUGUUAUGUCAUGAACGGUGCUUAUAAGCUAGGCGAUUUUCGAUUUUGGAUGUGCAACUCUUCUGAAUAAGAGCUUGCCAAUUGAGGAGGGCGAUGCUCGUUGUAUGCCUCAAGAAAUCCUAAAUGAAAAUUAUUAUGAUCAUCUUGACAAGGUUGAUAUCUUCUGUUUGGGAGCUGCAAUAUAUGAGCUUAUCAGAGAGUCACCUUUUUCAGAAUCAGGGGCCCAGUUUCUUAGGGAUGGAAAAUUGCCACUCCUACCUGGGCAUUCAUUGCAGUUUCAAAACUUACUCAAGGUAAUGGUUGAACGGGAUCCAGCUCGACGUCCUUCUGCCAAAGAAAUAGUAGAAAAUCCAAUUUUUGACAAGAUUCAGAGAAAAAUGUGAGAGCCUCUACAUGAUUGUCAUAUCAUGACUCAUGAUGGUAUUUGCAAUCUUGUAUAGUUAGCUUUUGAAUCUGCAGGUCCAGCUUGAGGCCUGAC